AUGACAGCUGCUGAAAUCCUGGACGUUCCCAACGAGAAGAAGUGCUGGCGCUCAAUUUUUCAAGUUAGAGCGUACGUGGUUGCGAAGCAAGACGAGGAGGGGAUGACUUGGCAUCUUUAUCUUCACCCUGGCUUGAACGGGAACAGGCAAGGUAGCCAACACAGGGAAUGA